CCCACCAUGGCCGCCCAGGGCGAGCCCGGCUACCUGGCGGCGCAGUCGGACCCCGGCUCCAACAGCGAGCGCAGCACCGACUCGCCCGUGCCCGGCUCCGAGGACGACCUGGUCGCCGGGGCGUCCCUGCACAGCCCCGAGUGGAGCGAGGAGCGCUUCCGCGUGGACAGGAAGAAACUUGAGGCCAUGUUACAAGCUGCUGCUGAAGGAAAAGGCAGAAGUGGGGAAGACUUUUUUCAAAAGAUCAUGGAGGAAACAAAUACGCAGAUUGCUUGGCCAUCAAAAUUGAAGAUCGGAGCCAAAUCCAAGAAAGAUCCCCAUAUUAAGGUUUCUGGAAAGAAGGAAGAUGUUAAAGAAGCCAAGGAAAUGAUCAUGUCGGUCUUAGACACAAAAAGCAAUCGGGUCACGUUGAAGAUGGAUGUUUCACAUACAGAACAUUCGCAUGUAAUCGGCAAAGGUGGCAACAAUAUUAAGAAAGUAAUGGAAGAAACUGGAUGCCACAUCCACUUCCCAGAUUCCAACAGGAAUAACCAAGCAGAAAAAAGCAACCAGGUAUCUAUAGCAGGACAACCGGCAGGAGUAGAAUCUGCCCGAGUUAGAAUUCGGGAGCUGCUUCCUUUGGUGCUGAUGUUUGAGCUACCAAUUGCUGGAAUUCUUCAACCAGUUCCUGAUCCCAAUUCCCCCUCUAUUCAGCAUAUAUCACAAACGUACAACAUUUCAGUGUCAUUUAAACAGCGUUCCCGAAUGUAUGGUGCUACUGUCAUAGUACGGGGGUCUCAGAAUAACACUAGUGCUGUGAAGGAAGGAACCGCCAUGCUGUUAGAACAUCUUGCUGGGAGCUUAGCAUCGGCCAUUCCCGUGAGCACGCAGCUCGAUAUUGCAGCUCAGCAUCAUCUCUUUAUGAUGGGUCGAAAUGGGAGCAACAUCAAACAUAUCAUGCAGAGAACGGGUGCUCAGAUUCACUUUCCCGAUCCCAGUAAUCCACAAAAGAAAUCCACUGUCUACCUCCAGGGCACCAUUGAGUCUGUCUGUCUUGCAAGGCAAUAUCUCAUGGGUUGUCUUCCUCUUGUGUUGAUGUUUGAUAUGAAGGAAGAAAUUGAAGUAGAUCCACAAUUCAUUGCCCAGUUGAUGGAACAGCUUGAUGUCUUCAUCAGUAUUAAACCAAAGCCAAAACAGCCAAGCAAGUCUGUGAUUGUGAAAAGUGUUGAGCGAAAUGCCUUAAAUAUGUAUGAAGCAAGGAAAUGUCUCCUCGGACUUGAAAGCAGUGGGGUUACCAUAGCAACCAGUCCGUCCCCAGCAUCGUGCCCUGCCGGCCUGGCAUGUCCCAGCCUGGAUAUCUUAGCUUCAGCAGGCCUCGGACUCACUGGACUAGGUCUUUUGGGUCCCACCACCUUGUCUUUAAACACUUCGACAACCCCAAACUCACUCUUGAAUGCUCUGAAUAGCUCAGUCAGCCCUUUGCAAAGUCCCAGUUCUGGCACCCCCAGCCCCACAUUAUGGGCACCCCCACUUGCUAAUACUUCAAGUGCCACAGGUUUUUCUGCAAUACCACACCUUAUGAUUCCAUCUACUGCCCAAGCCACGUUAACCAAUAUUUUGUUGUCUGGAGUGCCUACCUAUGGGCACACGGCUCCGUCUCCCCCUCCUGGCUUGACUCCUGUUGAUAUCAACAGUCUGCAGACAGAAGGCAAAAAAAUCUCUGCUUCUUUAAAUGGACAUGCGCAGUCUCCAAAUAUAAAAUAUGGUGCAAUAUCCACUUCAUCCCUUGGAGAGAAAGUGCUGAGUGCGAAUCAUGGUGAUCCAUCCAUCCAGACAACCGGGUCUGAGCAGGCAUCUCCCAAAUCAAGCCCUGCAGAAGGCUGUAAUGAUGCUUUUGUUGAAGUAGGCAUGCCUCGAAGUCCUUCCCAUUCUGGGAAUACUGGUGACUUGAAACAGAUGAUGGGUCCCUCCAAGGUUUCCUGUGCCAAGAGGCAGACAGUAGAACUACUGCAAGGCACGAAAAACUCACACUUACACAGCACUGACAGGUUGCUCUCAGACCCUGAACUGAGUGCUGCAGAAAGCCCUUUGGCUGACAAGAAGGCUCCAGGGAGUGAGCGAGCCGCAGAGAGGGCGGCAGCUGCCCAGCAAAACUCCGAAAGGGCCCACCUUGCUCAACGGUCAUCAUACGUCAACAUGCAGGCAUUUGACUAUGAACAAAAGAAGCUAUUAGCAACCAAAGCUAUGUUAAAGAAACCAGUGGUGACGGAGGUCAGAACACCCACAAAUACCUGGAGUGGCCUGGGGUUUUCUAAAUCCAUGCCGGCUGAAACUAUCAAGGAGCUGAGAAGGGCCAACCAUGUGUCCUAUAAACCCACAAUGACAACCACAUACGAGGGCUCAUCAAUGUCCCUGUCACGGUCCAACAGUCGUGAGCACUUGGGAAGUGGAAGCGAAUCUGAUAACUGGAGAGACCGAAAUGGAAUAGGACCCGCAAGUCAUAGUGAAUUUGCAGCUUCUAUUGGCAGCCCUAAGCGUAAGCAAAACAAAUCAAUGGAACACUAUCUCAGCAGUAGCAAUUACAUGGACUGCAUUUCCUCACUGACAGGAAGCAAUGGCUGUAACCUAAACAGCUCUUUCAAAGGCUCUGACCUCCCUGAGCUCUUCAGCAAACUGGGCCUGGGCAAAUACACAGAUGUCUUCCAGCAACAAGAGAUCGAUCUUCAGACAUUCCUUACUCUCACCGAUCAGGAUCUGAAGGAGCUGGGAAUUACGACUUUUGGUGCGAGGAGGAAAAUGCUGCUUGCAAUCUCAGAACUAAAUAAAAACCGAAGAAAGCUUUUUGAAUCGCCAAAUGCACGCACCUCUUUCCUGGAAGGCGGAGCGAGUGGAAGGCUACCCCGUCAGUAUCACUCAGACAUUGCCAGUGUCAGUGGCCGCUGGUAGCAGUGCCCUCUAGGGACACGCCCACCAACUGACUGCAAAGGUGAACACAGGAGAUCUGUGAACAGCCGUCGCUGCACAGCAUCCUCAGCACUCUGGGUGUCUGGUAUCAGGACCAAAGCAUCUUAUUCACACCUGUACUUUAAGGCAAAGAGGAAGAAAAGAGAGAUGAUGUUCUUGUGAUGUCAGAACACUAAAUAUGGAUUUCUUUUCUAAAAUGACAGUUGGACAGAAUUUGCAAUAUGAAGAUAGGGCUUAUUUCCUGUUUUUAUUUGCCUAUAUAACAUAUGCACUGAUUUUUUUUUUUUUUGUUACUUAAAAUGAAGGAUGAAUUGACAUCUGGGAUGCCAGAAAACUUAGAAGUUAUUUUGUUUGCUUGUUUUGUUUUGGUAUUUGGGGAUUUUUAAAAAAAUAAUCAAGUGGAAUUUUCUGGUACUGCUUCAAAAUAAUUAUUGAGGUCUUUCAGCACUUUACACAUUCUAAUUUCUUGUCCUGUGGAAAUUCUUGCUCUUUCCAUCUCUCUCUCUCUCAUUUUUAUGUCACCUGAUACAUUGGUACAGAUGAGAGUUAGUCACAUUUUUCUGACUACAUCAAAUUUUUAUUUGAAAUGGUACUGGAUGUUAGUUCUGUGCAGAAUAUUCUGUGACUUUGGGAAACAUAAGUGAGUCUACUUGGUUCUGGACCAAUUCUGUUCAUGUAUGUCAGCAUCCUAGAAACACUUAGCAAUGAACCUAGUUCAUGGUAAUAGGUGCAGAGAAAGACCAAAUGGACUUUGCAAUAUUAACCCUUUGCAGUCGUCAUACUUAGCUGCUGCCUGUAUUGCUAAAAUGAUUUUAAUGGUUGUCUGGAGGCAAAGGGCUGUUUUUAGUAUAUUGCCACUAAAGGACAUUUAUUUAUAUCAAACUUUUAUUUUUAGAUAUUAUAAGCAUACAGUACAUAAUUGAUGAAAUUGAUAUUUACUAGAGAUUUAUGGUAGAGAAUGGACGACAUUCAAUAACUGGAGCCCUAGAUUGUCACUUUAUUUAAAAAGACAAAUAAUCAUCUGACAAGACAGCACUGUUGCCAUUAUGAGAAGACAUAGAUUACGAUCUUUAUCAUGUACGCACUAGCUAAGCUCUGUAUGGUCCCAGGACUUUCCGAAAACCGUAUCUGUCUACUUGAAGUAGACUUGUGUUUGUUGAGAAGAGAAAGGCUUAUUUGAGUCUCCAGGGUGACAGUUUAUAAAGAUAGCUGAGUUCUGAAGUGAAAAAAAGACUAUUUUUAAGUGGCUAGAUCCAUUAUUACAAUAUUAUACUGUGAAAGUCCAAGAAAUCAGGCAACAUUGUUUCCUGGGUCUUUUCAGGCAUCUUAUUGUGGAUUUGUGAAGGAUUUUUUAAUCCAUCAAGAAAAUCACUAAAGUGCCUUCCUUUCGUCAAAGCAAUAUUAUUUCCAAGUAUAUUAAUUUGUUAGAAAACUUUCCCAUAGGAAUGUUCCCAAUUACCUGUACUGUAACUACUUAUUUAUGUUCAGUAUUCAAGAUUUUCUGCAUGGACAUAAACCAUUUUCAUGCUCUCUCAAGCAAAAAGCAUUAGACAAGCAUACAUAACAGUUGGGUACUUUUAUACAAACGUGGGAUAAGAAAUACUUGCCUGACGUUUUUUCCACAGCUAAGUCUUACUGUUAAGGUAAGAUCCAGAAUUAAAGAGACAUUUUGCACUCAGAAAAAUCUUCACUUUAAAAAAUAGUAUUGGUUACCUUGAAGGCAUAAAUAAUGGGCCUGUCACAAAAUUAUCAGUUGUGAGUGGCACUAAGGAGCUGCCCUUCCUAAACUAAACUAAGCCUUAUCUGCUUAAGGAUGUAGAAUUAAAUCAUUCCCUUUUCAAGUACAGUGGAAUCAUCCUGUGCAUUUGUAUACAGAUGGUCUCGUGAAUUCCGUGAUGGUCGUCUGCCUUAUUUGAUUGUAUCGAUGCAUCACGCUAAACAUUCAGCGCAGGUUAACAAUUCUAGAGUUGUUUCCAGUUCAGCAACUCAAUGCUCCAAAUUUUAUUAUGUCUUUAAUAAGGCCUUCCCAAAUAAAUAUUCAGAGCUCUUUUCCCAGCUCUCUCUACCAUGUAUUUGCAACAGGAGGGAGAUAGAAUGAAUAUGCAGUAUUAAGUUGACAUGGGUUUUAUGAACAGUGCUUUGAUAUUAUGCCAAAGGGAAAACUGUCCCACUUAAACUAGAUUAGGGUGGAUAAAAAUAAAUAAAAACACUGGAAAUUAUUUUUCUCACUUUCUCUCGAUGCAAUGAAGGGAAUAUGACAGUACAGUAUAUGGAAUUGUCGGUGUUAUAUGAUGCACAAAAUAUUUUGAUUAUUUGAAUAAAUGUUAGCUUUUAAUCAAUCUAUGCCUUAAUAGUGACUGGUUAUCUGUAAAUAUAGAGCAGAUACAGAUUGUAUUUUUGUGUGGGUUUUUGUCCUUUUAGUGAUUUUUUUUAAAACAAAAUGAGAGAUGGAAUUAACAUUGAAAAUGGGAAUUUUUUUCUAACCUAAUCAAUUGUUACAUGAAAAAUAAAUUUAUAUAACCCCUUUGUAUUGCUCUUGCUA